UCUGUUGAUAAUAUAUGUUACGUUUCGUAAUUUCAUCUAAUGUAAUUAUUCGAUUUUAUCAAACGUAUUAGAAUUUAUUUUUAACUGUUUAUGUUUUUUGCAUAUUGUAUAUUUGUAUUAUUCGUUUGAAAAACAUUCAAAGAUUUAUAUUUUUUAUUUAACGCGCAACAUGAGUUCUGGUACUCCUUCGGAUCAUCAACGACCACCUCGAGCGAAUAGAAGCAUAUUACAUCGAAACGAUCUGUUUUUGCAGCUGCACCUGCGAAUUCAGCGGCACUCGUAUGAGUUCCCGAGUGGCUCGAAAUGUCGCCACCGGCACGUCAGACAGACAGGGAGGGAGAGAGAGAGAGAGAGAGAGAGAGAGAAUGAGAAUAAAAGCGAGAGAGCGAAAGGGAGAAAGUAAAAAGUCUCAGAGCUUUCAACGUUCACGCCCCCGAGCCGGCGAUACGGUAGACGAGUACAGAAUGUAGCCUACUACUCUUCAAGUUUUUCCAAACAACAACGAAAAUGAAAAUGUCUGAUUUACGUGUUAUAUUAGAGGAGAAAAGCGCCAUCGUUCCUUCUGGCUUUCAUUCGCGAAUCACUAGUGUAUCGAAUAGACGAAUGGUAUCGCUUGCCUAGCCGGCUGGCGUUGAGAACUCUUCGGCGAUGUCUCGACGUUGUUCGCCACAACUAAUCGAAAUGUGGGAGUUUCCAUCGAUCGAUGUUUUCCCUGUGGAUUAGAAAGACACUAACCAGGCGACGAUCAAUUAAUACCAUACGCUUUUCACACACUCAUGGUUCACACUUACCACACAUAAGACGUAACCGCCGUGGCCUAUAUUAUAUACAUACAUACGUACACAGAAAAACAGACACACACGCCGACUAUACGUACACAUGAAUACAUCUACAGAUUUCGUACAUAAAAAAGUCGAUAUGGUGCUAGGACGAUUACACCCUGGUGCUUAAGUCUGUAUACACAGAGCCAUGCGCGUAAAUUCGCACGGAUUGCCCGCAGUCUUCGUCGAGGAGUCUAGAUACGUCCUGACAUCGUGAACAAGACACGCUGCUGAUCGAACAUAUUUCCAUCGAGGUGUUCGUUACCGAACAGUUAAGAGCAUGCUCGUUCCUGGAUACUAAAAAUGAAUUUAAACAAGUUAGCGGAUGGAAAUACGUUCGAAGAAAUGCACUCGGUGUUCUAGCCCACGAUGCUAACAAAUGUACCUGCAUUUUAGAGAUCGGGAUAACGUCGAUCCCUUCGGAUCGUCGCACGUCGGCCAUUCUGCGCCACUGAUCUCUCGUUAAAUGUACUAUAUACUGUUGUACCGUGGAGUCCUCCGCAGGAUAUAGUCAACGCAAAGUACAAAUGACACAACACAAUUAUUACAACACUUUAUUUACAAGUAUGUACAAUUUUUAGAGUCUCUACGAAAAGAAAGGCAACCGUCCUGAACAUCUAUCAGGGAGAGACCUACAUUCGUUUCUUCAUUUCAUUCUAAAGACUCUCUUCCAAUUAAACUUCAGUCUUUGGCGGCCAUCUUAAGUACUUGACCAUUAACCUUAACUACGAUUUCCCCUUCCUUCCUUGACAAAUUCUUUUACCUUCAUUUCUCUUUUUGUAGUUUCUUUAAUUUCAAUUCUGAGUUAUUUGGCAUCAACCACAUAGUAAAGACGGUUCUUGUGCCUUUGAGGGCGCCAGCUGUACGGUUCUCCUCUUCUACCAACAUGGCGGUCCAGUACCAUGGCACCCUGUUAGUUACAAAAAUAUAGAUAGACCAAUGCACAGGGACGUUUAAAAGUAUUCAAGAUUCCUUUGAUCACUUGUAAACGAGCUAAGGUCCACCCCCACCUUGUUUUUACGAGGAUGGUUGUAAGGGAGAACCCUGACAAUUUACGCCAACACACGAUUCACCGUUGCUUUAUUAUUGUGAAAAAUGUCCGCAACUAAGUUUUAGUAUGCACCAAACUCCGUCCCUUAUCACAUUGGUACCAAACCGUUUUUUUAUUCAUUUUCAAAACUACACUAAACUAAGGCCUACACUCUAGAGUCUAGACUAAAUCCUGUCGUAUUUACGAUACUACAGUGUUGUAUAAAAUAGAAUGGCCGACGUGCAGAGAACGAAGGCGAUCGUUUACUCGGAGUCUGUAACGGAGAGAUAGUUCAAACUCGACGAGACCUACUUCGCGAAGAGGAAACGGCGAUCCGCGCGUGAUCUCGUCCUCAACGUCCACUAACCGAACCCAACAGAGCAGCUAUACUUAAAUGGAGGUUAAGCGUUUUAAGCAAAUCUAACGAAGCGAUAUAAUAAUUUAUAAAUUGACUGAUUACUUAUGCGAGAAAACAAGUGAAUACCUACCGGUAAUAUAACACAUACAGGUGCAUGAACGAAGCGUUUUUUGGUUAAAGAAACAUCGUUGUUUUCUUGCAUGGUAUACCAACGAAAGAGCGUGAACGCGAAAAAGCACAUGGAACGCACGAGGCACACUCAACGCACGCUAGAUUGUUUAAAAUAAUUCGUCCAUCGCGUUGACGCGGCUCGCGCCUUCCGUUUUGUUCUUCGCGGUCGCAACGCUACCUCAUUCGGUUCCAAGUUCGCGACACGAAAGGCGACCUACCUUGUGUUUCUUCCGAUGCACGCCAGCUCGUUGAACAAUCUCGAACGAACACGAUAAAAAAUAGCAACGAUCAGCGCGUAUGCUGUAUCUGUCUCUAAGUCUAGUGUAUCGAAGCGCGUCGAUACGAAAAAAGAAAAAGAAUAGGGCGUGUAAGUGAAGGUAGAAGAAAAAUACUCAUGUACGCUCGAUGGCGAAUCGAUCGAGCCGUUUAUCAAAGUGGAAUUACCAAGUAUUGCGAACAAGGUGUAACGACACACACAUAUAUACACACACACACACAUACGCGCGCGCGCGUUCCCUCGAGGGGAAUGAAACCUUGAGGGUUUAGAAAAAUAAUUUCGUACUUUUUACACGGACGUACCUUAGCCGCGUUAAAACGCAUUUCGUAUAAAGUAGGGUACCGGACGCGUAGUACCUGGCAAAUUGGGAUUCGGAGAUGGCGAGUAGAGGAGAAAUGGCGCGAGUUCGUCGAGGAUCACGUGGUGAUGCUGCUUGGGAUCUCAACCGUGCGAGAGAACGACACGAAGAUAAAAAUCAGGCGUAUGCUUCGACAUCAUCGCGCCGUCGCGCGUCAUUAAUUAAUUGUAUUCGAAAUGAAAGGGUGUGUAACGAACACUUCGGGGACUACGAUGUAACAAGCAAAAAAAAAAAAAAAAAGAAAAAUUCGAAGGAUACCUUGUAAAUAGUAUAAAUAGCGCAAGUGCAGAAGUACGUUUAAGCGGAAAUAAAAGAUGAUAUAAUAGGUAUAAUGUGAAGAAAAUAUACAUAUAAGAUAUUAUUAUAUAUUAUAUAUAAACAAGAAGUAUAUAUAUAAGAUUAUUAUAUAUAUUUACCGUGUUAAGUGAUACGCAAAGCUGGUGAUGGGGACUCGGUUAAUCUCCUCAACGUUCCGAUAAUGUCACUGCGAUCUACGGGUGGCCUAUGCAACGGGUGCAAUCUAUUCACUGACGAAUUAGCUUUCGACAGAAAUUGCAACAAAAAUUGACCAUUCUCUUUUAUAUUCGUUUUCCAAGCAGCUCUUCCAGGACGUUUUCAAGCGUUCGCGGAUUCCGUCGUAGUCUUUUGAAAUUUCCUGAUAUUAGAAUGGUCAAUUGUUGGAAAGCAAAGGAAGAAUUCGAUAGCCUCGACAAUGGUUGCGUUUCGUAACUCCUUACGGGACAGAAAUUUUUUAACAGAGGUUUAUACACCCAAUAAUGUUAUUUUCUUAUUUUAUUCGCUGAUCAAUUAUAUUGUCCUCGAUGAAGAGUUAAUCGAACAGACUGGCGCGAACACGUACGAUUAAGUUCCUAUUACACGAUGUCGAGCCGAGAAUUAUUUAACAAUCCGGACAAAAAGAAAAAAGAAUGCAACGACAACUCCGGAAUGGGCCACUCUUGCGAACGCAACCCACCGUCCUCGUAUACUUUUCUCAUUUUUCUACGAUUAUUAAUUACCAUCGUUAUCUCGUAUUAAUAUUAUUAUUACGUUUUUCUAGGACGCCUACGGGUGACGCGCGAAAACGACGGUCUCUUUCUUUUCACGAACGAAAGAACGAGGCCGUGUAACGUCGCCCGGGAUAGAUAGAGAGGUUGUCCGAAAAACAAAACGAGGACGAAUGACCGUUAGGCUAGAUCGGAACGGUUCUCGAGACGAACGAGUCCCAUUAUCGUGACCGCGAACCUCUAGGACAGGAUGAAAUAUGGAACACAUAUGAAACACUGUACAUUGUAAAUAGUUAGCGCGGAGAAGACGGUUACAGAAAGACAGCGAGAGAGAGAGAGAGAGAGAGAGAGAGAGAGUGAGUUAAUUAAAUAAAAUUAAAACGAAAAAAAAACACAAACAUACAUACACACAGGCACACACGAGACGAGUAAGAAAAGAAAAGAAGAUGAAAUUGAGCGCGUGAGCGAAUGUACCUUCUUGAGGGCUGCUCGAUUUCGAGGCAAAUUAACAAAGAAAACGGAAAUCCGUAUGUUUGUAAUUUUUCCAUUGUUAGACGAAACAAAAUUACUUUGUUAGCCGAACAGUCUGAUCGAAUCAACCGUGACUGCCCGGAAUCAGUGCGCCCUUAUGGGGUACGUUCGCCAUACGAGCCGCGUGCAUGGCCAUUUUAAUAGAACUAGGAAAGAUUUAAAGAUGUACGGUUGUAUCUUUGCACGUGUGCCGAUCACUCGACUGUGAUCCGUAUUGUGUCCUUAAACCGCGUUUAAAAUUAAUAUGAAAAAAGAGAAAGAAAAAUGGGAAAUCUUGUAUAGUAGCAAAUAUAGAAAAUAUAAAAAAAAUUAAUCGGGUGUGCAAAGGACAGCGAGGAAAAAUGAAAACAUGAUCGGUUUAACUGUAAGUUCGUGAUUCGUCGCUUUGACAGACUAAAAAUCAGCAGAAUACAAAAACAACGCAAACAUAAUUUAAAAAAAAAAAUAAAAAAAAAAAA